UCUCCCUGGGAUGCAAUAAAAUAAAAUAAGGAAGGCAUGUUGAUCUCCUAUAACAUCCUACCAUAAAAGAAAUACAAUCUAACCACGGUUUUGCGCCCGUCAAAGAAAGCGUGCACAAGUAGAACAUGCUGUCCAUAGCUAGGGUAUCAGUAACCAGAGAAACUGUCUUUGUCCAACGACCAGUUCAACUGCCAAUAUCGCUUGUACUUCUCAACCAACUCACUUCAACUGUCCCCCAAAACCCACCUCCCACGCUCAUAGGCCAAACCAACCAAAUCAUCCAAUUCACUCCUACGCACCACCAAGACACCACGCCAUCUUCACAACUUUUCAAUCAUCAAAACCUUUUCUACCGCAACCUGUUCUCUCAACUCAAAUCACCACCCCAUCUUUUUGAAGCCAGAAGAUUGCAUGCUCGUCUCGUUGUUAAUGGUUUCUUCCACCCCGCCAGUACUGACAGAGUUUUCGGUUCUCAGCUUGUCAACAUCUAUGUCAACUUUGGCUGCUUCCAGGGAGCACUUCUUGUCUUUGACAAACUACCCCAGAAGAGUAAUAUUGCUUGGAAUGCAAUACUUAGAGGUUUGGUCGAUAGGGGUCAGUUUUCUGAUGCAAUUCAGUUCUAUCACUUGAUGCUUAGUCAAGGCAUAGACCCUGAUAAUUUUACGUACCCACUUGUUCUUAAGGCUUGUUCUGGUUUAUCUGCACUUGAAGAAGGAAGGAGUGUCCUAGAGUUUAUCCAAUUCAAUGAGACCCGCCAUAAUUUACAGCGGAAUAUUUAUGUUGAAUGUGCUUUGAUUGACAUGUUUGCCAAGUGCGGCAGCUUAAAUGAGGCACGGCGGUUGUUUGAAAAAAUGACCAGAAAGGAUUUAGCUUCUUGGAGUGCAAUAAUAUGUGGGAGUGUGCAGAAUGGGGAGUGGGUUGAGGCCUUGUGUCUGUUCAAAAGAAUGAGAUUAGUAGGGAUAUUGCCUGAUUCAGUGAUUGUGGCAGCUGUUCUUCCAGCAUGUGGCAGACUGGAAGCUAGGCAUACGGGGAUGGCUAUGCAUGGAUGUGCUGUAAGGAGCGGUUUUGUGAGUGAUUUGUAUGUUUCAAAUGCUUUGGUAGAUAUGUACUGUAAAUGUGGAGACACCGAUGAUGCAAAAUGUAUAUUCUGCAAUAUGGAGUACAGGGAUGCUGUCUCUUGGAGUACCUUGAUAGCUGGUUAUGCACAAAAUUGCAUGUACUGUGAGAGUUUCGAACUGUAUCUUGAGAUGAAGAGUGCAGACUUGAGAGCAAAUGCAAUAACUGCAGCAAGUGCUCUUCCUGGAUUGGCCAACCUCAAAUUGUUGAAACAGGGAAAGGAGAUGCAUGGCUAUAUCCUAAAACAAGGGUUUGAAUCUGAUGCUGUUCUGGGGAGUGCAUUGAUUGAUAUGUACACUAAAUGUGGGUCAAUGAGAGAAGCAGAGCACAUUUUUCAGAUGAUGUCCGAGAGGAACAUCUCAAUAUGGAACUCAUUGAUUGUAGGCUAUGUUUCACAUGGUGAUACUGAUUCAGCACUAAGGAUAUUUCGACAAAUCUGGAAAACCAAACUGAGACCAAAUUCUAUAACCCUAGUUAGCAUUCUUCCUUUAUGCGCCAAAAUGGGGACUCUUGCACAGGGAAAAGAAAUUCAUGGCUAUGCAACUAAAAGCAGUCUCUUUGAAGUAGUUUCUGUUGGAAAUUCUCUGAUAGAUGUGUAUUGCAAAUCUGGGGACCUAGAACUCGGAAUAAAGGUCUUUAAUCAGAUGAUGGUAAAGAAUAUUGUGACUUAUAACACGGUAAUAUCUGCUCAUGGAAUUCAUGGACUUGGAGAAGAGGCAUUUUCAUUUUUCGAGCAAAUGAAGGAAGAAAGAAUCAGGCCCAACAAAGUCUCUUUUAUAGCACUCUUGUCAGCUUGUAGUCAUGCAGGUCUAAUCGACAAGGGUUGGUUAUUAUAUAAUUCUAUGAUGGCUGAUUAUCAUAUCCAUCCAGAAAUGGAACAUUAUUGUUGCAUGGUUGACCUUCUUGGUAGAGCAGGAAACCUUGAUGGUGCCUUGAAUUUUAUCAAAAAAAUGCCUGUGGAACCGGACAUAAAUGUUCUGGGAAGCUUACUCGGUGCUUGCAGAGUUCAUAACAAGUUGGAUCUCGCUGAGCUUCUUGGGAAUCAAAUUCUCCAGAAAAAUCUGAAAGAUUCAGGCUACUAUGUUCUUUUAGCCAAUAUAUAUGCCUCCACUAAGAGAUGGAAAGAUGUGUCAGAUGUCAGAACAGUAAUAAGAGAGAAAGGCUUGAUUAAGAAACCUGGAAGUAGCUGGAUACAGUUAGAUGGCUGUAUUCACGUUUUUCAUGCUAGAGGCAUUAUGCAUCCGCAGCUAUAUAAGAUCCAAGAGAUUCUGAAGAGAUUAUGGUUUGAGAUGAAGGUUGAAGGGUAUAUGCCAGACCAAAGUUUCUUUUCCCAUGAUUUUGUAAUAGAUGCUGAUGAGCUAAUCAAUCUUGAAUCUUGAUGCCGAGUGACAAUAUCAAUACUGCAAUUGGCGUUGGUGAAAAUGGGUUUCUGGCAUUUGAGAAUGAGGCUGUGGAGCAUGAAUUAUUGGACCACCAAAUUACAAGUAUAUUAGAUGGAAUCAACUUUUGGCUUGGUGGACCACUGGGUUGCGUAAUUUUUUUAUUUUAUUUUUUCCUUUCCCAUCAUUAUUGAAGAGGUGCAGAUAGCAAUAGCUGCCUUUUCAGUUUUCAGCACAAUUCAUUAUUGGACCACCCUAGUAUUAGAGAAGUUAUAACCUAGCUUGCAAAACCCUAAACCUUCUUACACCAACUGCAAGCUCUUCUCGUUGGUACGUCAAUACCCCCUAUGUGUUUUGAGUGUUUCUUCCAAAAUUCUCUCAUGUUGGCAAGAACCCUGCGGAUAUUUUCUGCACUGCAGUGAAGAGACGCAAGGGCAGCAAACAGCAAUCGUCUGUUAGAAACAAGUGCCAGAUCCAACAUGAAUGUUUCAACUGACGUGUUUUUGGUGGUUAAGGUGAUCACUUAGUUCUUUGGGAACAUCGGAUGAAAUUGAAUAUGGCUAGAGUAGAUGACCCUGCUGUCUGAGUGAAUGAAUAAUCACCAUCAAUGAAUGACCUCCGCCACAACUAAUAAGUCAAUGGACUGUUAUUAAGGACCUAGCUACCAUGUUUUAAUCAUUUCUUUGCACCAAUUUCAUUUUCUGGACACAAUUUACAAGCAAGAGAAGCCAACAAACUGGCAUAGGAUGAAUAUAAAUAUGCGUAGGAGAAAAACUGGAAAAGCAAUGUUUAUCUAAAUAGUGUCUUAAUUCGCUCGUCUAUAUUCUUUAUGACACUUAGAGAGGAAGGACGAAUGCAAGCAACAAAUACAAGCGUCGUGGCGUAUCGUAUAUAACACGAAAUGAUUGUGAA